ACUCCCAGGGGGGAUAUUUUGUGGUAGACAUUCGUGACGUUUCCUGAUAUCUAACCUAUGUUUGGUUCAAAUCCAAAUAAACAAAUAAAACUAUUUUCAGGUAUCAACGCUGUUGGUGGUUUACUAUGCAAAUCGUAAAUGGCGAGAUCAACAAUUUAGAAACAAUUAACCCACAUGAGCAAUGAUGAUUCAUUAUUUAUCUCUCAAAAGCGAUUGCAAUUUAAGUUCUCGAUAUUGUGGCGUAUCAGUGUAGGAGAAAUUUUACAUGCUCUCAAGGCACUUUGCAACAGUAAAAUAUAGAAGUACAUAAGUUGAAAAGUAUGCCCAACGAGGACCAACUUAUUAACGACGCAAUAGAUGCAGCCAAACUGGCAAUAAAAUUUGAUGAAGAAGGUCAGGGAAGUCCCUCUGCUUAUUAUUAUAAAAUUGCUGCCAAAUGGCUUGAUCAGGCGGCCCAAAGUGUGAGUGAUGAAAGAAGUGAAUCGUUAAAGAAGAAAAGUAAUGAAUAUGAAGCCAGAGCCGAAGUUUUGCUGGCUGGCGCAAAGCAAGAAGUGCAAGAUUCACCAGAAAAUGCCAAGGAAAUUCAGAGAAAAACUGUGAUAAAGAGAUGCUAUUUUUUAAUGCAACAAGCUAUCGAGGAAGAUGAACAUGGAGAUAAGUUGGAUGCUAUCGAGUUAUAUGCAAAGGCAGUUGAAUAUGCAACGAGCUAUCCCGAUAUAUUGCAAGGAGAGUUGAAAACUAUCGCUUUACAAGCGUUAGAAAGGGCAGAAACUUUGAAAGGAAUAAAAAGAGAUUCAGCCGAUACAUCAGGUGUUAGUGUAGCACCUGAACCUUUAGCUCCUAUUCCAAAGGGCCCAACGAUAAAUAAUCCAAAUAUUACUAAUCAAAAACCAACAACGUCCACUUCGGCACCUACGCCUGUUUUACAUAGAGGGGCAAGUGCUCAUUUAAAGAUUACCGGAGACGAAGCAUAUACUGAUAGAGAAAAGGCAGUACUUUUGCACACAUCGAAGAUAAAUGGGCGUGAUUUUGUUCCUUUUAUGAGUGUUGACUUGAAAGAAAGAUUUCAGUAUUCCAUUCCGUUCACCGACAAAGAUGGUCCAUUAGCUCUAGCCCCUAAACAGAGAAAGGAAUUCACAAAAUUUGCACGUUUAGAACAAAUAUCUCCAGAUCCUGUUAUUGUAAAUGGCGGUGUUCCGAACUAUCUACACAUUAAACAAACCGUCAUUUCCGAUUGUUCAUUAGUGGCUAGUUUAGCAGUGAGCGCGAAUUAUGAGGCACGAUUUGGGAGAAAAUUGGUCACGGCAAUCAUUUACCCCCAGUCAAAGGAUAGAAAACCGAUUUAUAAUCCAUUUGGAAAGUAUAUGAUAAAGUUACAUAUUAACGGCAUUCCAAGGAAAGUAAUAAUAGACGACCAUUUGCCAAUCGACCGGCACGGAAGACUUUUGUGUUCUUAUUCCAGCAACAAAAACGAAUUCUGGAUUUCCCUGCUUGAAAAAGCUUAUAUGAAAGUCAUGGGGGGUUAUGAUUUCCCAGGAAGCAACAGUAACAUCGAUUUGCAUGCUUUGACUGGAUGGAUUCCAGAGCGCGCCGGCAUAAGGCUAGCAGAUCCUGACUUUAACAAAGAUGGAUUGUUUACCAAUUUAGAAGCCAGAAUGGCUAAAGGAGAUGUUUUAGUGUCUGUGGCAACAGGAGAACUUUCUGAUCUGGAAGCAGAACGAAGUGGAUUAGUAGCAACUCACGCCUAUGCAGUCAUGGAUGUAAGAACUGUAAAUGGGGUACGAUUGCUAAAACUGAAAAAUCCUUGGUCCCAUUUAAGAUGGAGGGGAAAUUAUUCGGAGCUUGAUUUAGAGCACUGGACUUCGGAAUUGCAACAGACAUUGAAUUAUGAUCCGCAGAGCGCUGCAGAAUUUGAUAACGGAGUGUUUUGGAUCGAUUACGAGAGCGUUUUAAAAUUCUUUGAUGUUUUUUAUAUGAACUGGAAUCCGGAGUUAUUCAAAUACACAUACUGCAUUCAUCAAAUGUGGCAUGCUGGUACAGGUCCAGUGAAAGAUCUUUACACGGUCGCUGCUAAUCCACAAUUUUCACUCAGCGUAAGUCCAGAAGCGCAAGGUGCUAUCUGGAUAUUAUUGAGUAGACACAUUACAGAUAUUGAGGAUUUUCGAAACAACCAAGAAUUUAUCACUGUUUUUAUUUACAAAAAUGGUCGAAAAGUGUAUUAUCCUUACGAUCCUCCACCUUAUAUAGACGGUGUUAAAAUCAACAGUCCACAUUACCUGUGCAAAAUUAUUUUGGGGCCCAAUAGUGGGAGAGACUAUACCAUUGUAGUUUCGCAAUAUGAAAAAAGCACUACCAUUUAUUACACAUUACGAGCAUAUGCAACAUGCCCUUUUAGGCUAAAUGAAAUUAAGAAUCCUUAUAUGCAAGAAAAACAGGUUACUGGAGAGUGGAAAGGUAUUACAGCGGGAGGAUGUCCUAAUCACCCGACAACUUACCCGAACAAUCCAAAGUUCAGGUUGGAGAUAGAGGAUGGGUCAGAUAAUAAUCAGAUUUUAUUAGAACUAAAAGGUCCUAAGCAGUAUCAAAUUGGUUUGGAAGCUGUGAUUAGGCAAGUGAAUAAUGAAAGUGUUACUGCACCAUUUAGAUCAAAAUCUUCGGGACCCUACAGAUCCGGAUAUGUAGUGCUGGAAUUAGGAAAUAUUCCAUCAGGUACUCUAGAUAUUAUUCCGUCUACAUUUACGCCUGGACAUGAGGGGCCCUUUAUUUUAAUCGCUAAAUCUUCAGGCCCACUGAAACUUUAUAAAAGCUAGUGAAACCGUUAAUCUACAUCAAAUAUAUUAUAAUUGUUUU